CAUUUUUCCCAUGAUGCACUAAGGCGGACUUUGAAAAAGAGCGCGUCUGAUCCAAGAUGGCGGAGGAAGAAACUUCUGCAGAAGCACUUGUGAGCCUUAAAGGAAUCGCAUCACAAGCAUCUCCUUUCAAUUCUCCAUCCAAGCGAAUGACAAGGGGUAAAAGACGGCGACAACUUGAGGAAAUUCCAGGUGAUGAAGACACUGAACUGAUGCCAGAAGAGGACUUCACUAUUCCUUCUCCGAGUUCAAGGCGAUUUCCAAGAUCUCCUCUGACUGGAGCUAAUGGGCCUGCUACAAAAGGAGCAAAGGCUGCUUUUUCCAAACUGCAAAACUUACUGAAGCUCCCCAAGGCAGCUAAAUGGUGUUAUUAUGAAUGGUUUUAUUCUAGUGUGGACAGAGCUCUUUUUGAGGGUGAUAAUGACUUCUGCAUAUGCUUACGAGAAUCUUUUCCCAAUCUAAAGGUGAAAAAGAUGAGAAGAGCUGAAUGGCGUGAGGUCAGGAGACUGAUGGGGAAGCCAAGAAGGUGCUCACCCUCAUUUUUCCUGGAAGAGAGGCAAGCUUUGCAAGAAAAGCGAAAGAAAAUCCGCCUCCUACAGCAGAAAAAGGUUACAGAGCUCCGGCGAUUCAAAGACUUACCGGAGGAGGUACCCCUCCCCCUGGUCAUUGGUACAAAAGUCACAGCUCGCUUACGCUGGCCUCAAGAUGGGCUUUUUACUGGUCAGAUAGAAGCUGUGGAUACCCAAAAUGCCUCAUACCGAGUCACGUUUGAUGGACCAGGCCUUGGAACACACACAGUGCCAGACACGGAAGUACUGAGUGAAGAAAAUGAAGAGUUGAUGCCUAUCUCAUCCUUCCUACUCAAAGAGCGGCCAAGAACAGCAGCAUUCCCGCCCACCUAUACCCCUCCCAGUGGUGUGCAGGGAAGUCCAAACAUGGUGAACGACCCGUUGCUUGGAGCAUCACCGGCAAGGCUGCGGUUACAGGAAGCCAUCAAUCAGCAGGGCACUGGUGGAACACUGGGAGGCUUUCCUAUCAAGUUCCUGAUUCUAGUGACCCGACUAUCAAAAAUUUUGUUGGUUAAAAAGGAAUGCAUCGAGAAGCUGCGGGAUAUGAACACCAAAGCUGAGAAAAUGAAAUCUUAUCAAGAUCCAAUUGACAAGGAUUUCCAGAGACAAUAUGCAUGUGUUGUGUUGGAGCUUGAGCGUCUAAACAAGGACCUUAACGACUACUUGACGGGCGUACAGGAAUACUGUCAGACGCUGGCACCAGACCAUGGUCUUCACACCAUCGACCAGACCGUUAGCGUCAAGAGAAAGUGUGAUGAGGAGGCGAAGGUCAUGGUGGAGCAGCUCAACAUGAAAAUGGGACAGCAAGCUGUAAGGCAUCGACCCACUCUUGAGGUUAUAAAUGGUCUGACGUCCAUCUUGCUUCAGAUCAAGUCCCUAGCUGAAAAUGACCUGAAUACUUUUGAAUUUAAAUCCCUCUCCGACGCUGUUGAAGAGAUCAAAAAAACUAUUGACCCAAGUAACAUCAGCUGCUUCCAGGAUAACGUUGAAAUUCACGUGGCGCACAUCCAGUCCGGCCUUAGCCAGAUGGGCAACCUCCACGCCUUCUCUGCGUGAUUCCACUCAACCAGUGAUACACAGAUGUAACAUAGCAAUGCGACCCCGUCCCGCCAACUAAAAUGGUUCGAGAGAAUUUACCACAACUGUUGGUAGUGCUGGACUACAUUCAAGCAAAGUGUGGGCUUAUAUUCAUAGGCUCCGCGUGCUUGUAUAAACACGUUAUGGUACCAUGCUAAGUGUGGGCUUAUAUUCAUAGGCUCCGCGUGCUUGUAUAAACACGUUAUGGUACCAAGCUAAGUGUGGGCUUAUAUUUAUAGGCUCCGCGUGCUUGUAUAAACACGUUAUGGUACCAUGCUAAGUGUGGGCUUAUAUUCAUAGGCUCCGCAUGCUUGAGAAUUCUAAGAAAAAUCCUACACAGGAAAUAAAUUGUAUCCAGGAUAACUGUACCAGGAACAUUAGUGACUUCGUCCUGAUGUCUAGAGGAAACAUCAUCAUACCCUCUUCAACUGACUUACUCUUUACCUCGGUGAUUUUUACGUUGUCUGUGCUGUUUGCGAAGUUUUCUUUUGCCCUUCGAUAAACUGAACGGACAAUUACCAAAGGGGAAUCAAGGCUCACUGAUUACAUGACCUAAAAUAUGCGCUGUAAAACCCCCGAACAAACAACCCAGACAAUGAACGGUGGCGUGCCGUCUUUUUUUAUAGCGUAUUGUCCAAUAUAGUCUUUCCUUGGUGUUAGAUUAUUAGAAAGAUAAUGUGCUUUAGACAUUUGUAGACACUCAAAAGAAUUCUUUAUACACAAAUGAAGUACAAAGAUUACAAAUACAUAUUUUGACGGGCCUAAUGUGUUUUUUAUCAAGGAAGCUGGUAUCAAGAAAGUAAUAUAAAGGUCAUUGUAUUUUCUUUCCAUUUGGCAGCAUUUUAACUAGAUCGUGAUGAUUGCGUGCGCGAGUUUGGGUGAAUGGUAUAUGGAUUUAAGUUCCUACGGACAGAACAUAUUUAUGGGAAUAUGGAUGGAAGUCCUUACGGACAGGGCAUCCUUGUGCGGUUAUCAUUGUAAAUUUCGUCAUAUUUUACUAAAUAAUAAAAAUCGUGAAAGCGUUUUCCUUA